UUUUUUUUCUUUAGAUUUAUUCCCUCUUUAGGGUUUCUCUCUCUCUUUGAAUCCAACACACACCGAUCCAGAUUCCACUCCAACUCUCUCCUUCCAGCUCAGCUAAGCUCAACUGGUCGUGUCAACUCAGGUCCCUCAACCAACUACCAUUCUUCUCUAUUUCCGAGUGAGUUAUUUUCUCGUUUUCUCUCUGCUCCCUCCUCUUUUUUUUUUUUUUAUUUUAAUUUGGUGAGAGUUUGGUGAAGAAUAAUAGAAAAAAAAAAAAGAAUGAGGGAUUGUUCUUACAUGAGUCCAGGUUAAUUUCGUUUUCUAUUUUUCCUUCGAUGAUUCCGAGGGAAAUUGAUAAGAUCACUCGUUGAAAGUAGACAAGGAAAAAGCCCCUUUGUUUUUUGGCUCUGCUUGUAGAUCUUAAAAAUUUGUAGUCUCAGUUCACUCGUAUUCAUAGUUUUCCAAGCUUGGAUUCAGUAGGAUUUUUUUCUUCGGGGUUUAAGAUGGAACCAUCAGCAAAUGAUAAUGAUUGCAAGAACAAUAAUUGUAUUGAUAAUUUGAUAGCUGCAAAGAAGUCACUAAAGCUUAGCUUAGAGAAAUCGAAAACCCUAGGAUUGGCUCUUGAAAAGGCUGGACCUAGAUUAGAGGAGAUCAAACAAAGAUUGCCUUCCUUAGAAGCUGCUGUCCGCCCAAUUCGUGCCGACAAAGAUGCUCUUGCUGCUGUUGGUGGUCACAUUAACCGAGCCGUGGGCCCUGCUGCAGCUGUGCUUAAGGUUUUUGAUGCCGUUCAUGGACUUGAAAAGUCCUUACUGUCAGAUCCCAGGAAUGAUCUGCCUGGGUAUUUAUCGGUGUUGAAACGCCUUGAAGAGGCAUUAAGGUUUCUGGGUGAUAAUUGCGGCUUGGCGAUUCAAUGGUUGGAAGAUAUAGUUGAGUAUUUGGAGGAUAACAGAGUUGCUGAUGGGCUGUAUCUUUCAAAUCUGAAGAAGUCACUCAAGGGUCUAAGGGAGUUGCAAAAGGAUGGGGAAAAAAUACAUAUUGAUGGUGGGCUUUUAGAUGCUGCAUUAGAUAAAUUGGAAAGUGAGUUUAGACGACUAUUGACGGAGCAUAGUGUGCCACUUCCAAUGUCAUCUCCAUCGCUAGGCGAACAAGCAUGCAUUGCACCGUCCCCAUUACCUGUGACUGUUAUUCAGAAGUUGCAAGCAAUUCUUGGUAGGCUGAUUGCUAAUAAUAGACUUGAGAAGUGCAUUACAAUUUAUGUUGAAGUUCGUAGCUCAAAUGUCAGAGCUAGUUUGCAGGCACUUGAUUUGGAUUAUCUUGAGAUCUCGGUCUCAGAAUUUAAUGAUGUGCAGAGCAUAGAUGGGUAUAUAGGACAGUGGGGAAAACAUUUGGAGUUUGCAGUAAAGCAUUUGUUUGAGGCAGAGUUCCAACUUUGUAAUGAUGUUUUUGAGAGGAUUGGUCUGGAUGUUUGGAUGGGAUGCUUUGCUAAAAUAGCUGCUCAAGCUGGUAUUCUUGCUUUUCUUCAGUUUGGGAAGACUGUUACAGAAAGUAAGAAAGAUCCUAUUAAGCUGCUGAAGUUAUUGGAUAUAUUUGCUUCUCUAAACAAAUUGAGAUUGGAUUUCAACCGGCUUUUCGGCGGAGCAGCAUGUAUUGAGAUCCAAAACCUGACAAGAGAUCUCAUCAGGAGGGUGAUUGAUGGUGCAGCUGAAAUUUUCUGGGAACUUUUUGUACAGGUGGAAUUACAAAGGCAGAGCCCGCCCCCUCAGGAUGGGAGCGUUCCAAGAUUGGUGAGUUUUAUAACUGAUUACUGUAAUAAACUUCUUGGUGAUGGUUAUAAGCCUAUCCUGACCCAAGUUCUGGUCAUUCACCGAAGUUGGAAGCAUGAAAAAUUCCAAGAGAGGAUUCUUGUCAGUGAGGUUUUGAAAAUAGUUAAGGCCAUUGAUUUGAAUUUGGAGACAUGGGUGAAAGCGUAUGAUGAUGCUACCCUGUCCUAUCUUUUUGCAAUGAACAACCACUGGCAUCUGUACAAACACUUAAAGGGGACGGGACUUGGAGAGCUCAUGGGAGAUUCUUGGUUGAAAGAACAUGAACAGUACAAGGAGUAUUAUUCCACUGUCUUCUUAAGGGAGAGCUGGGGGAAACUUCCUGGUCAUUUAAGCCGGGAAGGUUUAAUUCUGUUCUCAGGGGGCCGUGCCACUGCUCGUGAUCUUGUAAAGAAAAGGCUGAAGACUUUCAAUGAAGCUUUUGAUGAGAUGUAUAAGAGGCAGUCUGGUUGGGUUAUCUCAGAAAGAGAUUUGAGGGAGAAGACAUGCCAGCUAAUAGUGCAGACUGUGCUACCUGUCUAUCGAAGCUAUAUGCAAAAUUAUGGGCCAUUGGUAGAGCAAGAUGCAAGUUCCAGUAAGUAUGCAAAGUACACAGUGCAGGGUUUGGAGCAAAUGCUCCUCUCUCUUUUUCUGCCAAGGCGGGAAAGGUAUGGUAGUUUUAAAGGCAGGCCAACCAGCGGCAAAUUGGAUAAUGGGGUAGAUCUACGCCGUACUGCAUCUGCAGUUGUGUGAUUGUCCAGUCAACAUAUUCCCUGUGUUUUAGAGGGUUAAUCUAUUAUCUUGUACAUAGGGUGUUCUGAGGGGUGUGGAACUAUUCCCUAUCAUAUUUCAUCCUUUGCUGUUGAAGACAGCAGUUCCUCUAGACAUUGUUAUUUCAUUACUCGAGGAUCAAGUUUUAGGAGUUGCCAGAAUAGAUGAGAAACAGUUUUGCUCUGUCCACUGCCUGGAUGGUUCUGCAAGGCAAAUGGAGGGUGCCAGACAUAAAAAUGGAGUAUGUUGGGUUCGUAGAUAAUAAUAAUACUUUCAAGUAUAGCUUUUCCUUUUACUUUCAUAUUCACUCAUUGAUUCAGUUACUAGCUAGUUGGCAUUAAAGCUUGUAAUUUGCUAGAUUUCAUGUACAAUUUUUUGACAUAAAGUGAAACUAGAGGUCUAGCUAUGAUUAAAUUAUGUAGUCAUCAAUUUCCCUAAAAGAAUUGACUAAUGCGAUGAUUAUUACUUGUGUUGUUGGAUGGC